AUGGUGCUUGUUACAUCAAAGGGCAUUACGACGGCGGCAGUGCUGUUCUGUCAGGUCAUUUCGGCUUUCGCGGAGAGUUCGGAUACAAUUCACGUCGACGGCACGUCUUUCGCGCUCAAUGGCGAUAACGUCUCAUACCGCUUCCACGUCGACAACACCACCGGAGAUCUGAUCAACGACCACUACGGCGGCCCAGUCGCCGAAGAUGGAAUCACCACUGAAAUCGGUCCCAUCCAAGGCUGGGUAAAUCUCAUCGGCCGCGUCCGACGAGAAUUCCCAGACCACGGCAGAGGAGAUUUCCGUAUCCCAGCAUUUCAGCUCCAACAAGCAAGCGGCACAACCGUCACCGACUUUCGAUACAAGUCUCAUGAGGUUGUACAAGGAAAACCUGGGCUACCUGGUCUUCCGUCGACGUUUGGUGAGGCUGAUGAUGUGUCGACUUUGGUGGUGCACAUGUACGACAACUACAGCUCUAUUGCUGUUGACCUCUCGUAUUCGAUCUUUCCGAAAUAUGAUGCUAUUGUGCGGAGUGUGAAUAUCACGAAUCAGGGCAAUGCGACGAUUAAUUUGAGAAAGGUUUCGAGCUGGAGUGUUGAUCUGCAGCAGGAUAAUCUGGAUCUUAUUGAGAUCAAGGGUGACUGGGCGCGUGAGGGUAUGCGCGUGCGUCGAAAGGUGGACUUUGGAACACAAGGAUUCCAAAGCUCUACCGGUUACUCUUCGCAUCUCCACAACCCGUUCCUCGCUCUCGUAUCAUCAACUACGACCGAGACACAAGGCGAAGCUUGGGGCUUCUCUCUGGUGUAUACUGGUUCCUUUGCCGUUGACGUCGAGAAGAGCUCUCAGGGACUCACCCGCGCCAUCCUCGGUCUCAAUUCUCUCGACUUCUCAUGGCCAUUGAAAGCUGGCCAAACCUUCACCACUCCCGAGGUCGUCUCAGUCUUCUCUAGCAAGGGCGUAGGCGGCAUGUCUCGGCAAUUCCACCGCCUGUACAGAAAGCAUUUGAUGAAGAGUAAAUACGCAGAAGAGACACGUCCUGUUCUUCUCAACAGCUGGGAGGGCUUGGCAUUCGAUAUCAACGAGACUGCCAUUGAGAAGAUCGCCAAACAAUCUGCAGACCUCGGCAUCAAACUGUUCGUCAUGGAUGAUGGCUGGUUCGGUAACAAGUAUCCACGUGUUAACGAUACAGCUGGUCUUGGAGACUGGCAGCCUGACAAGUCACGCUUCCCUGACGGAUUGACACCUCUGGUCGAAAAUGUAACCGACCUGAAAGUCGCCAAUUCUUCCGAUGAGCUAAAGUUCGGUAUCUGGUUCGAGCCAGAAAUGGUGAAUCCCGAGUCAGACUUGUACGACAAACACCCCGACUGGGCGAUCCACGCAGGCUCGUAUCCCCGAACCGAGACGCGCAAUCAAUUAGUUCUCAACCUAGCUUUGCCUGAGGUCCAAGAGUUCAUCAUCGACUUCGUCUCCAAGGUUCUUCGCGAAUCACCAAUUUCCUACGUCAAGUGGGAUAACAACCGUGGAAUUCACGAGACUCCUGAUCCUACUCUCAACUACAAGUAUAUGCUGGGUCUUUAUCACGUCUUUGAGACUUUGACGAGUCGUUUCCCUGAUGUUCUUUGGGAAGGCUGUGCUUCAGGCGGUGGCCGAUUUGACCCCGGUGUUCUUCAGUGGUUCCCUCAAAUCUGGACGUCGGAUGAUACGGAUGCAGUUGAGCGUAUCGCCAUCCAAUUCGGCACGUCACUUGCUUAUCCUCCAUCUGCCAUGGGAGCUCACCUAUCGCAUGUCCCUAACGGCAACACCCAGAGAAUAACCUCCGUUAAGUUCAGAGCCCAUGUUGCCAUGAUGGGCGGCUCCUUUGGUGUUGAACUUGACCCUAGCGAUCUAGAGCCUGAGGAGAGGGAACAAAUUCCUGGUCUUAUCGAGCUCUCUGAAAAGAUCAACCCAAUUGUCAUCACUGGAGACUUUUACAGACUUGCCCUGCCUGAGGAAACCAACUACCCAGCUGGACAGUUCAUUUCUGAGGAUGGUAAGAAGGUCGUGUUAUUUGCAUUCCAGACAAGGGCGACUAUCAACAACUCUUGGCCCUGGUUCCGACUUCAAGGUUUGGACGCUAGUGCCAAGUACAAGGUGGAUAAUAACCAGACGGUUUCUGGUUCGACGCUGAUGAACCUGGGCAUUCAAUUGAGGUUUGAGGGAGAUUAUGAUAGUCAGGUUUUGAUGAUUGAGAAGCAAUAG